GAAAAGGAUAGUGUGUGCAGUGGAUACAUUUGGGUGGGUCUACGGCGUUUCACAUUCCCAAAUACAUCCGUGCGUUAAAGCGCUUUCAGAAAGCUACAAUGUUGAUGCUAGGUGGAAUCAUUGUUCUUCACAUUACCACCAUCAUCAUGCUUCUGGUGGCCACCAUUGACAAUGCCUGGUGGGUCUCUGUUUCAGUGUCAACUGACUUGUGGGGCAAAUGGGAAUAUUCAAGUUCAGUGUGGCGUUACACCAACCAGUCAAGCUACCCAGAAGUUGAUGUAGAGUAUCUCCAGACAGUGCAGGCCACUUCAGUGCUGGCCUGUGUUUUUGCAAUCCUGGCCUUGUUCGUGUUUGUGGCUCAGCUGUUCACCCUGCCCAAAGGCCAAAGGUUCACCUUCACUGGCAGUUUGCAGCUAAUCGCCUGCCUGUGUAUAAUGGUAGCAGCCUCAAUCUACACCGCUAAGUUUAACACCAGGGAAACAACGGGAGGGUAUGGACACUCCUAUGUCCUGGCAUGGAUCUCUUUUGUCUUCACCUUCCUCUUAGCCAUCACUUACUUCAUCCUGCGGAAGAAAAGUGAGUGAGAAGAGGAAAAGAAUGAGGGCAGGGCUUGUGUUCCUCUGAGUGUGAUUGAUCAAAGAUUAGGAUUGGAUAAAAACACAAUUUAAGAUUGCUAAACGCCAACUCCAGCUAGGAACUUGAAAUAAUGUUAAAAUGCUAACAAGAACCAUUUGUCAUGUUUUAUAUUAUAUGCUAAUGUAACACAAAAACUGACCAUAGUUUUUCUUCGUCUUUUCUUAGAUUUGUUUUUUUCAUGAACUGGGAGGCAUGGUGUACAAAAUGGUGUAAUGGCUUUGAUAAGUAGCGAGUAGCCCUUGAAGAGCUUAUUGCAAGGCAGUUGACCAUAAAAAUAACUAGCAAAUACAUGUUUUACAUCGUUUACAUGGUUGUCAUCAGCACUUUAUUUUUUUUUUAUUUUUUUGCAGACAUAAUGACAAGAUUGUUACCACUCUUAUUUCUGUCUGUUAAAUAUGAAGCUACGGCUGGUUGUUGGUCAUACAAAAGUCUGUUAAAAAAAAGUGAAAUAGCAAAUUACGGUAUAUUUGAGUGGUAAAUUUUGAUAGGGUGUAAAAAAGGUGAAAUUAGAAACAAAGGCAAGCUAAGCUAAUUGACUGCCAACCAUGUGUAACGUUAAAACAACUGACCGGUGAAGUAAACAACAGUGACCAUCUUGUGACAAUUCAAUGUUCUGCUGGGGAACGUUUGAACCUAGCAUUCAUGUGGAUGUUACUUAGAUAUGUAGCACCCACCUAGACCCAAACCAGGCCCCCCCACCACAUAGGAAUGACCUUGA